CCUGCGUCCCCGCCCCGGCGUGCGAGGCGCCGCGCGCUCCUGCCGCCCCGCUCGGUGCAUGGAGGGCGCCGCUCGGAUCGCAGCCGCCGCCGCCGUAGCCGCCGCCCGCGCGCGGGGCAUGACCUGGGGGUGGCCCUGGGAGCCGGCCGCCGCGCAGGAGGUGCGGGGACGGGGUCCGCGCGGCCGAGAGUGAGCCAAAGCCCGGAAGUCUGUCCUGCCUGCUUCUGUAAUCUGGCGCUAUGCAUCCAGAUCCUUGGCCCUUACAGACACUGCUGUAUGUUGUUACACUUACAAUUCUAUGCCCUUCUGUGAAUUCAGACUUGGCACCUUAUUUUAUUUCUGAGCCACUAUCCGCUGUCCAGAAACUUGGUGGACCUGUAGUACUACAUUGUUCUGCUAAACCUGUGAGCGCUCACAUCUCAUGGUUGCAUAAUGGAAAAAGAUUGGAUAGAAACAUGGAACAGAUUAAGAUUCAUCAGGGGACUUUGACUAUUCUGUCUCUUAAUCCCUCCCUUUCGGGUUCCUACCAGUGCGUUGCCAACAAUAGCAUCGGUGCAAUUGUGAGCAGCCCUGCAACAGUAUCCACUGCUGUUCUUGGUGAUUUCGGUUCAGCAGCAAAGCAUGUUGUUACAGCAGAAGAAAAAAGUACUGGUUUCAUUGGCUGCAAGAUUCCAGAUAGUAACCCCAAGGCCGAGGUGCGCUAUAAAAUCCGGGGAAAGUGGCUCAAACAGUCCACAGAGAAUUACUUAAUCCUUCCAUCAGGGAAUCUUCAGAUUUUGAAUGUAUCUUUAGAGGACAAGGGAUCAUAUAAAUGUGCAGCUUUUAAUCCUGUCACACAUGAAUUAAAAGUUGAACCCAUUGGCCGAAAGCUUCUUGUGAGUCGCCUUUCUUCAGAUGAUUUCCAUAUUCUUCACCCCACCCAUUCCCAGGCAUUGGCUGUCCUUUCUCAUAGCCCUGUCACCCUGGAGUGUGUGGUGAGUGGGGUCCCAGCCUCUCAAGUGUACUGGCUGAAGGACGAUCGGGACGCUCUCCUGGGAAGCAAUUGGAGAAGGUUGUAUUCUCAUCUUGCCAUAGAUAGUAUUGACCCAAAGGACUCUGGAAACUACUCUUGUAUAGUGGGAAACAAGACUGGAGACAUCAAACGUGUGACUUACAUGGUUAAUGUACUUGAAAAUGCUUCAAUUUCUAAAGGACUACAGGAUCAGACAGUCUCUCUGGGUGCCACAGUACAAUUCACUUGUGAGGUUCAUGGGAACCCAACUCCAAACCGUACCUGGUUUCAUAAUGCACAGCCUGUUCAUCCUUCCCCACGACACCUAACCACAGGAAACGGACUGAAAAUCAGUGGUGUUACCCUGGAAGAUUCUGGGCUGUAUCAGUGUGUAGCAAAUAAUAGGAUUGGAUUUGCACAGUCUACUGGGAGACUUGAAAUUAUAAAAGACAGUGGACUCAAGCCAGUUAUAAUUACAGCACCAGCAAGUGCAAGGGUGGUAGAUGGAGACUUUGUUACUUUGUCCUGCAAUGCCAUCGGAGUGCCAGUCCCCAUCAUGCGUUGGUAUGACCGGCAUGGGCUGAUAACCAGCCAUCCAUCGCAAGUGCUUAGAUCUAAAUCCCGGAAAUCACACUUACGGCCUGGGGGCUUUGACCUGGAGCCUGUCUACUUCAUCAUGUCCCGAGCUGGCUCAAGCUCUCUGUAUAUUCAGGCUGUCACUCAGGAGUAUGCUGGGAAAUACACCUGCGAAGCCACAAAUGAACAUGGCACCACACAGUCAGAGGCAGUCCUCACAGUUGUUCCUUUUGAAACAAACACAAAAGCAGAAACAGUUACACCUUCUGAUCCUCCUCAGAAUGAUAAAGGAGAUAAUACAGAAGCUGGACUAUUGAGCUCGUUUCCAGUGAAGGAACGCUCCAGUGCGGUGGACUCGGCACCAGAGAAAAAUGCGAGUGGUGCCUCCGUCCCUGAUGCCCCCAUCAUUCUGAGCCCUCCCCAGACCUACACAUCCGAUACGUACAACCUGGUCUGGAGGGCGGGGAAGGAUGGUGGGCUGCCCAUCAAUGCCUAUUUCGUGAAGUAUCGAAAGCUAGAUGAUGGAGUUGGCCUGGUGGGAAGCUGGCACACGGUUCGAGUUCCAGGAAGUGAAAAUGAGCUCCAUUUAACAGAACUGGAGCCAUCUAGUCUCUAUGAAGUUUUGAUGGUAGCAAGAAGUGCAGCAGGUGAAGGGCAACCUGCCAUGCUUACCUUCCGAACGAGCAAAGAAAAAACAACCUCAUCAAAAAACACCCAGGCAUCCUCUCCACCCAUGGGCAUCCCUAGGCGCCCUGUUGUUUCAGAGACUGUGGACAACUUUGGAGUGGUGCUUACAGAUUCAUCCAGGCAUAGUGGAGUUCCAGAGGCACCUGAUCGGCCGACCAUCUCCACGGCAUCGGAGACCUCCGUCUACGUCACUUGGAUUCCUCGGGCCAACGGGGGUUCUCCAAUCACUGCCUUCAAGGUUGAAUACAAACGGAUGAGGACUAGUGAUUGGCUGGUGGCAGCUGAAGAUAUCCCUCCUUCCAAACUUUCUGUGGAAGUUCGUAGCUUAGAGCCCGGGUCAACGUACAAAUUUAGGGUCAUCGCUAUCAACCAUUAUGGUGAGAGUUUCCGCAGUUCAGCGUCUCGUCCUUAUCAAGUGGCUGGGUUCCCCAAUCGUUUUUCUAACCGUCCCGUAACUGGACCUCACAUCGCAUACACCGAAGCUGUCAGUGAUACUCAGAUCAUGCUCAAGUGGACGUACAUUCCAUCAAGUAACAAUAACACUCCCAUUCAAGGAUUUUAUAUCUACUACCGGCCAACAGAUAGUGAUAAUGACAGUGAUUACAAGAGGGAUGUGGUGGAAGGUUCAAAGCAGUGGCACAUGAUUGGUCAUCUGCAGCCAGAAACCUCCUACGAUAUUAAAAUGCAAUGCUUCAAUGAAGGGGGAGAAAGCGAGUUUAGUAAUGUGAUGAUCUGUGAAACUAAAGUGAAACGUGUUCCUGGAGCUUCUGAGUAUCCUGUCAAAGACUUGAGUACCCCUCCAAGUUCUUCAGGAAGUGGACGAAAUGUUGGGCCUGCCACCAGCCCCGCCAGGAGCAGCGAUAUGUUGUAUCUGAUAGUUGGCUGUGUGUUAGGUGUGAUGGUCCUCAUUCUCAUGGUUUUCAUUGCAAUGUGCCUGUGGAAGAACCGCCAGCAAAACACCAUACAGAAGUAUGACCCUCCAGGAUAUCUCUACCAGGGGUCAGAUAUUAAUGGGCAGAUGGUAGAAUACACUACUCUGCCUGGCACAAACCGGAUAAAUGGGAAUGUUCAUGGAAGCCUCAUAAGCAAUGGAGGUCUCAGCAAUGGCUGCUCCCAUCUUCACCAUAAGAUCCCUAAUGGAGUCAAUGGAAUCAUGAAUGGAAGCUUAAAUGGAGGGCUUUACUCAGGGCACACAGGCUCACUAACCAGGAUGCAUAUGGAUUUUGAACAUCCUCGUCACCUAGUAAAUGGUGGUGGAAUGUACACAGCAGUGCCGCAGACAGACCCGUUGGAGUGCGUUAACUGUCGAAACUGUAGAAACAACAACAGGUGUUUCACCAAAACUAACAGCACUUUCAGCAGCAGCCCCCUUCCUGCAGUCCCAGCGGUAGUACCUUAUCCCCAGGAAGGUUUGGAAAUGAAGCCCCUCACUCACAUGAAGAUGCUUGCAUGUCUGGCUUCCACAGUCCCUGACUGUGGCCAGUCACCCGAGGAGAGCUUCAAAGACGACAUGGCACCAAGACCAGCUGAGCAUACUUGCUGUCAGGACAAUAGACAUGAGAUCAACUCUGAGUACACAGAAGAUACAGUAGAGUUCAAUAGAGGAGACAGCUGCAUCCAUUCAGAAACAGAGAACAAAAUUUUGAGUUGGAAUCCUCUUAUUUUGCCACACGUGUCCAAGGACUGUACUGACAAGGCCACUUGGUCUCCUCCUGGCAUUCCUUUAGACAGCCCUGCAGGGGUCCUUCAGUGACACUAAGAAACCCAAGAGUAUGCAAAUGACCAGUCAUGUUCCCACUUCAAGCCAGUAACUGCACAAAACAGGCCCGGGGAUGGACUGUGUGAAGGACAGGAGUUCCAAUCAGAGAAAAUCAUUAUUUAUUUUUUGUAGUAGUGAUGUCCUAUGAAUGUAUCUUAAAAUGUGUGCCCUUUUAUAUUAUUUAUGCCUUAAAAUUUCCCUCUUCUCAACCCCUCCCUGAGUAGGAACCAACCUAGUUUUGCGUAGUUUUCAAUCAUCUGAGAGCGGUGGGAUCGUUCCAUGUUUCCGAGAACCUCUGUGACUGUAAGAGCUCCUUCUGCAAGGAUCCAGCCUAUUGGCCAAUUUGGCUAAGAGGAAACUGAAGUUUUCAGAUGGAAAGCUGUCUUUUGAUGAUGUAUUGUGUGAUCAGACUUUCUGAGAACAUUGGAAGUCACGCUCAGUUGUUAACCUAGUAUUUGUAAUAGCAGGUGUCUUAUGAAUUUUAUGAGUGUCUUCCACAAAAGUGACAGGUGAUCUGUUGACUGUCUGCACAUGGGCACAAAUGAUGUUCAGUUGUCUAGGCACAAGUAACGUCACAGACGGUGUUAUGAACAUGGUUGAAGUUAAGAUCUGUGGGGUUAUUGCCAUGUACAGACAGGGAACGAGGCUGGAGAGAAAAAGAUAGCCCUCUAGUCCCACGGCGUUAAAAUUAGAUUGGUUUAUUAUAUUGUCACUAUAGGGCUCUUUUUGACUAUUUCUAAGAGUAGGAACAAAAAUGAAUUUAAGGUGGCGACUUGGAAAGAGAGACUCACAUCAUGCUCCCAGUAUCCUGCCACCCGAUAGUUAUUUUUCAAGCUUCCAACAUGGGCAAUACUUGGAAGAUGUGAGUGUCAGAAAAGAUUUAGUUUGGUGGGAAAGGGGUAUGGUUUGAAACUUCCUGACUUGUUUCAGAAUGUCAUCAUUGUAAACACGCACCUGAAGCUUUGGCGAGCAGAGCCCGUAAAUCACAGUUACGGCUCCCUCUGAGUGACAAGGACAUUUGCAGCUGCCUUUGGAAGGCUUUUCUUCUCCACUUCUAAAAAAGAAAAAAAUCCCACCAAAAAAAAAAACCCAAAACACACUACUCCUAUUUAAUAGCUAUUUUAAUAGCUUCAGUCAAGCCUCAGUGGAUCAUUGCUCGUGAUUCUCUUCAUGAAGAGUCAAGCAGCUUCAGCCUAAAUGAAAAAAGUUCAGUUUCCCAGAAAUUGCAGUGAAAUAGACUAGAAUACUAUGUUAAUCAACCGUCUGUAAACGCAUCCGUAUUCCCUUAUAUAUGUCUACGUAUCUUAUGAAUAGAGCUGUUAGUGAAAUAUGCUGUUUGAGCUGGGUCACUAUGCAAGAAGGCCUUCGAGUAGGAUGUAGUGAAUAUAAUUUCCGGGUCAGGUAUUAGGAAUGUUGUAGUAGAAUCAAGUUCUCAUUUCAGAUGUCCAUACUUCGAGUAUACUGGAUUUAUCCUUCAUGUGGUGUAGAUGCAAUUUAGCUUUUGGAGGGAACAGCUGCAUCCCUAUACUUUUGUGACUAGCAAAGGACGGAGUCCUAGGGCACAGACUCUGAAAACAUAUCCUGUGUUUUGCCAACCAAGAUACAGCCAUGCUGUCACAAAGGGAGGUUUAGAAAACUAGGGGGUAGAUGUUUGUGGGCAGUCAUUCUGAUUCAGGAAACAGAGGUGUAUUAGCAUGAGCCUUAGGUCAUAAACUGCUUUUAAAGAUCGAGUUUGAAUAUGGGAUUUGUCCACUAGGAAGAGAAGACGCCUUUCCUUUAGGGCAAUCUCGUUGUGGACUGCUUUAUUUAUGUGAUUAGUAACGCUGUUUUAAGUGUUAUCCCUUUUAUUGUAUUUUAUUUAUAAAAAAUGCCUUUAUAUAUUGAGACCUAUAAAUAUAAAUAUAAAUAUAUAAAUAUAUAUAUAUAAUUGCCUGACCGUUUAGGAGUUGUGCAUUCUCCCUAACCUGGAGUUGCUCUGAACGUGUAUGACCUACACAGCCACCCGCCCACAGUCCUGCCCGAUGUCGCUUCCCCGGGAGGUCAGAGGACACGGGACAGGGUGGGCGAGGGCACCAGCAUUUGUGGAGUGACUGCUGUGGUCUCCGCUGCUCCUUAACCCUCCCGACAAGUCUGCGAAGCAGCCGCCACCACAGAGCCUGCAUUUCCACUUGAUUUAUCUGGAGCCGGAAUCGAGCCUCCUUCCCCUUCUCUGCACCGCUUUUGAAGGCGCGCGGUUCGCUCCUGCGAGGGAAGCCGUCCAGGCUGCACCCCGGCCCCCAGCGCGGGAAGCGGCCCUCUGUCCUAGGCGCCUGGCCAGGUCCCCGUGUCUCCCUGUGCCAGCCCUCGCCCCCACCCCGCCUGGGGACGCCAUCCUCCCUGGGCUGCGUGGGCACCUCACUGGCCAGGCCCCAUCGUGCCCUCCUCUGAGGAUUCUCUGUGGUUCUGGGUUUUAGCAUCGCGCUGUCCCCACCCCUUGCCCCGUGGCAGCCUCUGCUGCGUCCUUCGUCCCGCUGCGCACACGUAGUCUGGUGACAGGGGCCGUAAGGAUGUCCGCUAACUCGCCGUGUCUCAUCCCUCCUGGAGUGUGGGCUUUUGCAAAAGCAUUUCCUUCUGGGUUUGGCUUCCCUGGAGCGAGUCUGCGAAGACCAGUGCGUCCGCGUGGGGCCCACCCCGUCCCAGAGGCCUCCCUCCGGAUGCCCUAGUGCCAGGGCCUUGACUUCAUGGUUUUGGGUUUCACCUGUGUUGCUCUGUUUUUUGUUUCGUUUUGUUUUUAAAGUAAUGGCUUUGAGAUGCAUGUUUUUGUAUCCUAUUGAAAAGUAUGUUUUAUUUUCCUUUAAGUUGUAACAUGUUUGGAACUGUACAUAUUCUAAAUGAUGUAGCGUUGACGGGUUUUAUCUGGUUGAUGUGACUUUAUAUUAAAAGAGCUCGCUGCUUUCCUGGAGAGUAGCACGUGAA